AUGGAUGCAGUCGGAAAUGCCACCUUGCUUUUGGUGGGGGAGGGCGCUGCCGAAGGCUUGGAAUGCCACUACUUCUACGACCAAUCAGAUUGUCACAUCAAGGAUCUCGGCAAACUGACUCCUGCAAAUCGUGUCGUCGUGCCGAAGAUCUGGAUGGUAAACGGCAAGUUCCCUGAGGUGAAGCAGGGCAAUCACUUUUGCAUCAGGUGCACUGGUCAGCUCAUAAUCAAAAAGGAGGGCCAGUACAACUUCUUUCUCAGUUCAGACGACGGCUCAAAAAUGUGGCUGAACGACAAGCAGGUUGUGGACAACGACGGCUGCCAUGGGGAGCGUGAGCGUGGGAGCAGCAAGACAAAGUACACGGCUGGUGCCCACAAGUUGGUGGUGGAUAUGUGCGAGCGCGGUGGAGGAGAGGUCUUGAAGAUGCGGUACAAGGGACCUGACACAGGCAAUUCCAAGAAGGCAGUUCCCAAGUCGGCGCUGCGCCUCCCCAUGCAGAAGUGCCUGGGCCGACCAAAGGUCAACACAGAUCAAACACUAAUUCCAAAGUUGCUGUAUGGGCAUGGGGCCUUGAGGGCAGUUUCUUGCACGGCAGUUGGGAUCCCGAAGAGUCUAGGGGUGGAGUCCGUAGGAUUUUGA